AUGACUUUUACUAGCCAACAACCCUCCAAGUGCAGAGUCACACCCGCCUUUCCCUUCGUCGAGUCCUUCUCCCUUGCCGAUGAAGAAGGGAAUGAGGACAGCACCUCCGAGCUCAUCACACCCCGGACUGGUGCGGCCUUUACGUCCGUAUCUUUCGCUUGCGCCCUCUACAUCAUUGCAUGCGUCAUCUUUGAACGUACUCGUUUCAAUACCUCACAUCGCCGCGCAUCCUACUCAGUCCCUCUUGUCUGGUACGAUUCAUCGUUGCUCUCACCACCGCUUUUCGCGCGUCUUCAUCUGCGUGCUCAGAGAGCAUCACCUCGGAUUGCGGAGCCGUGGCGUGGAGAUAGACGCAGAAAGAGUAACUUCGACGGCGAGAGCAACCGACAGGAUAUAAUUGUUACUCGCUCUGGGGGUGAGGAGAUGCGGCUUGCGCCGACCAUUUGUAUUAAGGACGUGGGGUCGAUGGGGGACGCCAAGGACGAGGGAGCUGGGGAAGGGCAGAGCGCUCCCAAUUCUUCGUAUCUCUUCGUGAGCAACAAAGUACGGCCUGGACCAAACGAUUAUCAGCGCACCCGGGAACGACUCUCGCUCUCACCUGCGCGAUUCACGCCGUUAUUUUUUCCCAGGACGACGCUCGCUGUUGAGCCUUCUGCGUCGGCGAGCGAUUCGUCACUUGCCGCCGUUUCCAAGGCAGUGUUGUUGGAGCUUCACCGUCCUCCACACCCAUGGCCCACGGACGCAAACGACGGAGCCAAUUCGGACGAGCGCCUGUCUUCGUGGAAAUGGAGAGGUUUUAUCGAGAUUGGCAUUGCCCGAAUGUGA